AUUGAAUCUAAGGAAGCAAUUUACCACCACCACCAUCACCAACCCCCUCCCCCCCUAUAAGCUUUCUCAGUUCGAUCCAUUAUGCGCAAGUAGCCAUAACAGUUCGCGGCGCAAGUAAAUUUGAUUGUCCUCCUUCGUCACUUGUCCGUUUCAAGGCUUUUCCUUGCUUCACCUGCCAACCCAUGCUUGCUCGAUCACUGGACGUUAACUCUAGUAAGCAAUUAGAGUUCCAUGUAAAACGAAAAGAGAUCCACAAAUCAAGCGCUAGAGGUCAAAUAACAGCGAGAAAAGCACAAGAUACUCGAACUGCUUCUUUGUCUCUCUCUCAAAGACUCCACCUCUUCCUUUCCUUAAUGCCUGCGCCUCCUUCCAUUUUUAUUAGCUUCGCUUUUCAUUUAGCUAGCUCCCUCCUGAUCUUUUCCCUCUGUUUGCCCCCAGAUUGAUCCUCUUCUUCUUUUCUCAGUUUUUCAUAAGAAAUAUUGAAUCAAUUGUUUCUCUGUGCGGAGAAAUAGCAGAUGUUAAUCACCUCAAACUGUUACUGUAAAUCAUGCUUAUUUGUUAAUUUGCAUGCCGUUGAUAAGAAAAGAAUUGGGAAUUGAGACACGGCCUUGGAAGUAGAUCGCGAUUAUCAGAAUUUCAUCAUGUUUAUUUGAAUUUUGUCCUUCCUCUGAGAUUAAAACCGUUGGAUUUCAGAAAAUCCACCUCAAUAUGUGUUCCGCAAGCAAGGGUAAUCGGAAAGCCAUCAUUGAUGCAGCGUCAUGGAUGUUCAAUGUGGUCACCUCUGUGGGAAUAAUCAUGGUCAAUAAAGCUCUCAUGGCCACACAUGGUUUUAGUUUUGCUACAACAUUAACAGGUCUGCACUUUGCCGCAACAACCUUAAUGACGAUCUUUCUCAAGCGGCUGGGUUAUAUCCAGACCUCUCAUCUACCACUAUCUGAUCUCGUCAAAUUUGUGAUAUUUUCUAAUUUAUCCAUUGUGGGAAUGAACGUGAGUCUGAUGUGGAACUCCGUGGGAUUCUAUCAGGUAGCUAAGCUGAGUAUGAUACCGGUAUCUUGUUUUCUGGAGGUUAUACUGGACAAGGUGAGAUACUCAAGGGACACAAAGCUGAGCAUCGCAUUGGUUCUGCUUGGCGUAGCCGUUUGCACAGUCACUGACGUAAGCGUGAAUACCAAGGGUUUCUUAGCAGCUUCAGUCGCCGUUUGGAGCACCGCACUUCAGCAAUAUUAUGUGCAUUCUCUUCUGAAGAAACACUCUCUUGGAUCAUUCAACUUGUUAGGCCACACAGCACCGGCACAGGCAGCAAGUUUGCUUGCAUUAGGUCCCUUUCUGGACUACUGGUUGACCGCCAAACGAGUUGAUGCCUAUGCCUAUAGCGUGACACCCAUUUUAUUGAUCAUCUUGUCUUGCAGCAUCGCGGUGGGAACAAACCUCAGCCAGUUCAUAUGCAUAGGGAGGUUCACGGCAGUGUCAUUCCAAGUGAUUGGGCAUAUGAAGACUAUACUGGUUCUGAUAAUGGGAUUCAGCUUGUUCGGAAGAGAGGGUCUAAGUGCACAAGUGGUUUCGGGAAUGAUAGUGUCAAUAGUGGGAAUGAUAUGGUAUUGCAAUGCUUCUUCUAAACCAGGAGGGAAGGAGCGACUUGUUGGCUUUUCCGAUUUUCCCGGUGCUUCUGCUACCAAAACACAAGAUUUCACUGCCCUACCUGUCUCUUCUGAACCCAAUCACAAGGUCUAGAAUAAUGUUGCAAGAAAACAAUAGGCUUUGAAACUUUUGUUUCCCCUCAUCUCAAGUUCCCAAUUAGCUCCUUCGGUUUCUUUUUCUUUAAUUCACGUAUUUCUCUUUGCUUUUAUGUCCUCGCUUAUGAUGGAAAACAAUUGAUGAAUUUAGAUCCUCUGUAGUUGGGAUCUAUGAUUUCAGUGAAGUUUGCCUCUUUUAAUA